AUGUCGAAAGCACCCUUCAACCCCACCACUAAGACACUCUCUGCGUUCUCAUCAUAUUCCGGCAUAUCUACUUCGCGUCUACAAGCGCUCUACUCCGACUUCUCUCGGCAAAAGCACUCAAAUCCCCAGUCCUAUCAGGCCAACAUUCGAUGGUGGCAGCAAACCUUUGAGGAGGCUGUAAAGAAGGGUCUGCUAGCGAGUGAAAAUGGGAGGUCACGACUGGUUCUACACGCCGAACCCACUAUGGCCGAGGUCUUUCGCUACGAAGGUGCUGGCAAACCGCUCAGCCUCGGUACCGUUACGGCCGAGCUCUCUACUGCGCCUUCGUCUACGUCACCUCCUCCAUUGAUUCCCCUCCAGGCUUUCCUGACCGCACCGACCUCCAUCUAUACCCCGACCUCUCUGGCUUGGAGAGUGGCCUCAAAUGUUGUUGGAAAGCCGGUGUGGUGGGCCUUGAAGCAAACAGGCUUGGUUCCGGAUGAUGUACAGCCGGAGCGCGAACGAUGGAGAACUGCGAAGGGCGACUAUGUCGUCCUCGCAUUGCUCGAAGACGCCGCCGAGAAGAUACUGGAAAUGCAAGAACGGAGCUAUGGGACGCCCAAGGAUUUGAUAUUCAGCCUUGAAUCGUUCAAGACCGAAUUCGGGAGUGUCGUUGAAGGAGGGCUGUCUGACAGCGACGUGAAAGUCGUGCUCAAGUAUUUAGCGAGGGACAAAGGGGCCGUGAAAGUUGAGCGAGAGCUCGUCAAGUUCAUACCCACAGGAUUAAGCGGUGCCGAAGCGAGCAUCACCCCUGUCGACCACGGCUUACUAGAAUUGAAGACCGCGGUCGCUAACCUCGAACGCCAAGUCGAGAGCAUUCAGUAUCAGAUGGACGAUCGGACAGCGAAAACGACGGCUGCACUGCGGGCUCAACGGAAGCCCAUGGCGCUAACCCAUCUCCGCGCAAAGAAGCAGCUGGAAGACCUGCUUUCCAAGCGUCUUUUGUCUCUUGAAAAGCUUCACUCCACUCUCUUGGACGUCGAGCGAGCCGUUGGCGAUGUUGAGAUCAUGCAAACCUACGAACUUUCUACGGCUACCCUGCGCAGCGUUUUGGCGCAUCCCUCUUUACAGAGAGACCACAUCGACGACACGAUGGAUGCCCUUGCGAGCGCCACGGCAGACGCCAAGGAGGUUGAUGACGCUAUUACGGAUGGCGUCGAGAUUGCCGCGCCGACCGGCGUCGAUGACAGCGAUCUGGAAGCAGAACUGCAGGCGCUGAUCAGAGAACAACAACAGGAUAAAGCCCGCGAUAAGCCAACUCCUGCGUUGCCUGACGUGCCAGCACACGUACCUGCCCUUCAUGAUGCUUCCCCUGGCAUAGCGACACCGGAGCAAGUGCAGGCUCAGUGA